ACAUCUCGAGAGACUCACAAUCAGCUACAACAGAAGGACAGUAAAACUUCUGGCGCGCCAGCGCGGUUGUCAGAUUGUAUGAAUAUAGUUUUGGUACAUGUUAUAUCGUUUUAUGGAUCAGAAUCGAUCGCUAUGAACUGUUUGUUUGUGAAAUAUCGCUGAAGGACCGUGAGAAUAGCUGUACUGAACAGAUUGACGUGCUAUUGCAGUGCUGUAGUUUUUGGUGGAAAAUGCCUCUUCUUAAAAUCAAAGAUGUCAAUGUGAACUUUCCUUUCACUCCGUAUCCAUGCCAGGUGGACUACAUGAGUAAAGUCAUCGAAUGCCUGCAAAAAAAAGUGAAUGGAGUUCUUGAAAGUCCUACGGGAACAGGUAAAACACUCUGUCUACUCUGUGCGACCCUCGGAUGGAAAGACAACUUCAAAGACACCAUCUCUGCCCGCAAGAUUGCAGAGAGAAUGGGAGGAGCUGAGAUGUUCCCAGACAGACAAAUGUCAUCAUGGGGAACAUCAAGCACAGACGGAGACACACCAACUUAUUACACGGAUAUCCCCAAGAUCAUAUAUGCAUCCAGGACUCAUUCCCAGCUAACACAGGUUAUAGCUGAACUGAAGAACACAUCGUACAGGCCGAAGAUUUGUGUUUUAGGAUCUAGAGAACAACUUUGCAUAAACCCGGAGGUUAUGAAACAUGAGAGCAACCACAUUAAGGUCCACAUGUGCAGAGCUAAAGUGUCAACUCGCACCUGUCACUUUUACAACAAUGUUGAUGAGAAAAGCACUGACAAGGAUAUCAUGAAUUCUAUUCUGGAUGUGGAGGAUCUAGUAAAAACAGGCAAAAAACAAAGAGUUUGUCCAUACUACCUCUCCCGAUCAAUCAAACAACAUGCCGAUAUCAUCUUCAUGCCCUACAACUACCUGCUUGACCCAAAGAGUCGAAGAGCACACAACAUUGAACUGAAAGGAGCUGUGGUUAUUUUUGAUGAGGCUCAUAAUGUCGAGAAAAUGUGUGAAGAGUCCACAUCAUUUGACCUCACCCCAUAUGAUAUGAUAUCUGCCAUUGACGCUGUGGACCGGCUCCUGCGAGAAGAGGCAUCAGAAAUCAGCAAAGCAGAUUUAGUUGAGGAUUUCAAUGUGGAGUCACAUAACUCUGGAUUAAAACUGGACAUUAAUUCGAUUGCAAAAGUAAAACAAGUUUUGAUGGAUCUGGAAUCAUCCAUUAAUGGUUUUGAGAUGCCAGCAAAUAAUCAAGGAGUAACCAAACCUGGCAGCUUUAUUUAUGAGCUGUUUCAAAUGGCUCAUGUGAACUAUAAGACUAAGACCGCUGUAGUGGAGGCCAUGGAGCAGAUUACAGGAUAUUUAGCAGGAAAGCCUGGUGUCUUCCUGAAUACCAGCGGACUCCAGAAGAUUACAGAUAUAAUCCAGUUGGUGUUUGCAGCAGACCCUGCAGAGGGCAGCGAAAAACCACAGACAGAAAAAAACAUGAAGGAGUUUAAGGUCCACAUUCAUCCAGACACCAGCAGCUUCAAGAAGAAACAAAAUACUGAUGUAUGGGCUUCAUCUUCCUCCAGGAAACAAGGGAAUGUUCUGAGUUACUGGUGUUUCUCUCCGGGCUUCAGCAUGCAGGAUUUACUCAGACAGGAAGUACGCUGCAUCAUUCUGACCAGUGGAACACUCUCGCCGCUUUCAUCAUUCACCUGUGAAAUGCAAAUACCCUUUCCCGUAUCCCUGGAGAAUCCUCACGUCAUCCAGCGCGAUCAGAUCUUUGUCAGCAUCAUUGAUAAAGGCCCAGACGGAGUGAAGUUGAGCACAGCCUUUGAGAGAAGGUUUGUUCCUGAAAACAUGUCGUCUAUGGGAAACACUCUUGUCAAUCUGACUCGGGUGGUUCCUCACGGACUGCUGGUGUUCUUCCCAUCAUAUCCGGUCAUGGACAAAACUAUAGAGUUCUGGAGGGCUAAUGGACAUGCAGAUCGCAUUGAGAAUAUAAAGCCCAUGUUUAUAGAACCGAGGGGUAAAGGCACUUUCACCGAGAUUAUUGAUGGUUACUAUGACAAAGUGAAUGACCCGAAAUCUAAUGGAGGAAGCUUCUUCGCUGUGUGUAGAGGAAAGGCAAGCGAAGGGCUGGAUUUUGCUGACACGUACGGUCGAGGGGUCGUGAUCACCGGACUUCCUUUCCCUCCCAGAAUGGAUCCCAAAGUGGUGCUUAAAAUGCAGUAUCUGGACGAAAUGUGCAGAAAUAAAGUUGCCGGAGUGAAGUAUCUGUCUGGGCAGGAGUGGUACAGACAGCAGGCAUCUCGAGCUGUCAAUCAAGCCAUUGGCAGAGUAAUCCGCCACAGAGAAGACUAUGGUGCCAUCUUUCUCUGUGACUACAGGUUUAAGGGCAGCGAAGCACGCAAUCAGCUUCCUUCAUGGGUGAGGCCGUACGUAAGGAUUUACGAUAGCUUCGGUACCAUGGUCCGCGACGCGGCUCAUUUCUUUCGGACCGCACAGAAAACCAGACCAGCGCCUGUGAAAAAAGAAAAAACUGAUGGAUGCCAGAGUCAGGGUUCGACAGACGUGAGCUCAUCGGCUGCAGGUUUAAGUCGUCCUACUAUGAAUGGCUGGCUUAGUGAUCCCUCACAAAAAGCCAAAGCACUAGACUCGCACGUCCCCAGUCUAAAGAGGAGAAGAUUUGAAGAGCAUUCUGGACGUGAUGGAGCAGCCAAACUUUGCAUUCAGUAUGAGAUGGAGAUGACAAGUAAGAGGAAACCAGUCAGCCUGCUGGACGCCCUGGAUGACACCGGCAACAACGAAGAGACAGAAGAUGGCAUGGUUGGGGAAGAAAGGGCGAGUUGGUUAUCUACGCUCUCUCUUCAGCAUGACAAACGUCUAGAUGAUGAAUCGAGGGGUGGGAAACGGAAAAUUAAAGUAGUUCAAGAAGGGAGAACAGUGGUUCCCUGUACAGCAAAGACUGGCAAGGACUUCAUGUUGGAGCUGAGAAAAUGCCUGAGUCAUGAGAACUUCAAGAUUAUCAUGGAGGCGCUACAGACGUACAAAGCAACAGAUGACCUAACUGUCCUUUUGACUAAUGUGGCUGAACCCCUUAUACAAGACCCCAACACACACAGUCUGUUUAGAGGUCUGUACCAGUUCAUACGACCACACCAUAAGAAAGAGUUUGAUGAGCGUUGCCGCGAGUUAACCGGUGAAGGCUGUGGCUAUAAACCAGAGCACUCGCUCUCUAGAGAGGAGAGAGAGGCUCUUAGAAACAACACGGGUAAAGUUGAAACAACAAAUGCAACCUGCAAGCAGCUGGAUUCAAGUCAACAGCUAAACCAAGGUGGUUCUCACCUGGGAACCGUUGAACUGAAUGGAGGGGCGAGUAAAACUGGAGUGAAUGUAGGAAAUGAAGACCAGAAGACACAGACAUCUAUAAAAGAUGGCCAGUCCUGCUCGUCCCUGCUGUCAGACAUAAGACAGACCAUUGGUGUAGAGAAAACCCGUCAUAUGUUUUUAGCCUUGGACGCGUACAAAAAGACAAGCAAUUAUGAACAGAUGGUGUCAACCGUUGUGAGUUUAUUGACUGAGAGAGAUCAGGAUAUCAAACUACUAACAAAGUUGACUGUCAUCAUUCGACCACAGCACAGGACGCAGUUUGAUGAGUUGUUGAAAUCUUUGACCGGAAACGACUCUAACACAAACCAGGAUUCGGAUAUGGGACUAUCGAGUCAACCGAUUCAAGCUUCUCAGUUAUCUGCGGGAAAGACUCAAAAAAAGAUAUCAUCCUUCUUCUCCUGAAUGCUUCUUGCAUUUAUUUUGACCUUUUCUGUGUGAAAAGUCUCAAGGAUAUUGAAUCAAUAUCUUCACCUUUUUUAUCUAGACCAUGCAUUAAAUAUAUUUAUGCAGGGAAUAUAACAUAAAAUGUUGCUAUA